GAAAAAAAUAUCAGUAAUAUUACAUAUUUUAUGGAAAAAUGUCUUGUUUUGCAACUGAAACCUAUGCUGCAAAUAUAUUUGUCAUCCUAAAUUCAAACUAUAAAUAAUGUACAGAAGUGUGUAAUCAACUUUAAACCUUUCCCGCUUUCCAUUACUGUGCAUUACUCUGUGCAUCCUUUCCCGCUUUCCAUUACUGUGCAUUACUCUGUGCAUAAUAGUGAAACAAAAGCUAUGUGCAAGAUGUUAAGCAAACCAGUUUUCCAAGUAACCCAAGUUCUCCAUGCACCGUUGUGGACGCUACAUACUUGCUUGGCAGUCACUAAUCCGCCUCAUUCCUCGUGUACCAGCUGGUGCAUCUGCUGCAGGCCUACGAGAAAAGCUGCCACUGACAGCCCGCAUGCUCUGGUGUUUACGAUAUGAGAGGUGGACAUGCCAAAAGAAAAGUAAAAGAACAGCCCACUAAUGGCUAACCCCACCCCUCAGCUUGAUGUCUUGUGAUACAAGAGUGGACCAGAAAGACUGUAGGCAACCGCCAUGGAGGACACCCAGCAGAAAGCUGCAAACCCGGACCUGAGUCCUGCACCCAGUCCAGUGCCUAGUCCAGCUCCCAGCCCACUAUUGGACAGAAUUCCUUUGCCUGUGCCAAACCAUGUGGAGCACCUAAAUGUGAACCAGAUCCAGGUGGUGGUACGUCGCUGCUCAAGUCCAAAUGUAACAGAGGAGACCACUUAUUUUAUUCCUCGUAACCCCGUAGUGGACGCCGGUACCAACACAGAUCCACCAGUGGUCUGUUGUCCUGUGCUGCGAAGAUUUUGCCCCUGUCCGCCAAGAGGCUUUCUCGCCUCCCUUAUUACCAAAGUUCUUUUGGCAGUUGUACUCUUUGGAGUGGUUUGGUCAAUCACAGAGGACGAAUGUCUCCCAGGAGGAAACCUCUUUGGCAUUACAAUACUCUUCAUCUGUGCAGUUGUUGGUGGAAAAUUGGUGUCUCUCAUUCGUCUGCCCAAACUUCCACCUUUCCCACCACUCCUUGGUAUGCUGCUCAUGGGCUUCCUGCUGAGGAACAUUCCAGUUGUUACAGAUGGGGUGUACAUUGACUUCAAAUGGUCUGCAUCUCUCAGGAACAUUGCUCUGGCUGUCAUUCUGGCCAGAGCUGGUCUAGGGUUGGAUCCCACGGCUCUCAGGAAACUAAAAGCUGUGUGUAUACGUGUGGCAGCUGGGCCGUGCUCGAUAGAGGCUUGCACCGUAGCUGUGAUCUCUCACUUCCUCAUGGGCUUGCCCUGGGUGUGGGGCUUCAUCCUUGGCUUCGUGCUAGGAGCUGUGUCUCCAGCAGUGGUGGUUCCCUCCAUGCUCCUGCUGCAGAAGGACGGUUACGGUGUAGAGAAGGGCAUCCCCACCCUGCUGAUGGCUGCAGGCAGCUUUGAUGACAUUCUUGCGAUCACAGGAUUCACAACAUGCUUGGGCAUGGCCUUUGCCACAGGUUCAACUUGGUACAACCUCCUCAGGGGGGUGCUGGAGGUGGCAGGAGGGAUGGUUGCUGGGAUUCUUCUUGGUUUUCUCAUCCAGUACUUCCCUAGUGUUGACCAGAAACACUUGGUGAUGAAGCGUUCCUUCUUGGUGCUGGGUCUGUCUGUUUUUGCUGUGUUUGGCAGCGGUGUGGCAGGCUUUCCUGGCUCCGGAGGCCUGUGCACCUUGGUGCUGGCAUUCCUGGCUGGCGUCGGCUGGGGAACAGAAAAGGCACGUGUGGAAGAAGUGAUAGGGUGGGCGUGGGAUGUGUUUCAGCCUCUUCUCUUUGGACUGAUAGGAGCUGAGAUUCGAGUCUCUGAGUUGGAGGGACACACAGUUGGUCUGGGUAUAGUCUCUCUCCUCAUUGGUCUGCUGGUUAGAGUGGGGUUCACCUUCGUCUGUGUGUUGUUUGCGGGCUUUAGCAUAAAGGAAAAAGUGUUCAUAGCCCUAGCAUGGAUGCCUAAAGCAACAGUGCAGGCAGCUAUAGGAUCCACAGCUUUGGACAUGGCGAGGACAAAGGAUGACAAGCAGCUGCAGAAAUACGGCAUGGACGUGCUGACUGUGGCUGUGCUCGGCAUCCUUCUCACAGCCCCUGUAGGCGCACUUAUCAUAGGGCUGUGUGGCCCUCGCCUGCUGCAAAAGCCAGAGAACACAGUCAGCGGUGAGCGAGUCAAACCCAGUUUAUCAGCUUUCUUCCUAGGCACUGCAACAGGAGAUCAAGAUGACAAUGAAACUCCCGUCACCUAUGAAAGUACACUCUGAUGUCAAGUGUGAGAGAGGAGAAUUAAAGAAACUCCUCACACCUCAGAUAUUUGAACUUCUCUUUGGCCACCGAGUGGCCCUCGCUGUGUCUGUUGUUCAGCUCUCUGUGUUCGCAGUCCUGCAGGAACACGUGAAUCAUUUUGUAUUUAUAGCAUCUGGUGAUUUCCAGGCCUAACACUGCAAACAAAUGACCCACAUUGCACUGUCUGGAAAAAAAAUCAUAUUGUUUUCAAGGUAUAGAAAUGGUUUAUACUUUUAAAAGGAUCUUGUCAUAUUCACUAAAUCCAGAAUUUUUCCACUGUUCUUGAUUGGAUUACCAGUAAGAAAGCACUUUACUUUGACUUGAAAGGUCAAAGUAAAGCAGUUUUCUUCAUGGGGGACAGAGAACGUUUUGGGAUGUUGUUGAUAAGCAAUUUUUAUUGCUAUGAGUAGACUACACUGUAAAACCACAUGCAAGUUUUAGGCAUCCUACAUCUUCAUGCUGUGUUUGUUUACUUUGAUUUGUGUAUGCAUAUUAGCCCUCUGUCAGUAUGGUGAGAUCAGUUGCGUAGUUUGCAAAGAGUCAGGGAAGGAUUUGUGUAAUUGAUAAUAUUUUAGUUU